AGAGUUCUCUCUCCCCUCUCAAUUACCGCUUGAUCGUUGGCGAGUACUUGAAGAACAGCUUCUCGUCUUCGUCUCUACGAUUUUAGAUCCUACCGAUGAAGAUGAAUAUCAACAAAGCAUGCGAUCUGAAAUCAAUCUCCGUGUUUCCUCCUACUUUAAGGAGAACGAGUAUCGGACCGUCUGAACCACAGGCAUCGCGAUCACAGCAGUCGCAGCAGCUUCGAUCACAGCAGUCUCAACAGUCCUUCUCCCAGGGACCUUCGUCUUACUCUCAGCGUAGUUGUUUUUCUCAGAGGACUCAGGGUUCAGUCGAUGAACUCCUCACAAGCGAUCAGAGAUUUAAUUCCCAAGAACGAGAUCAAUCUUUGAAGAAGGUUAGCUGCUUGCCCCCGAUUAGUCAAAGGCGAGAUGAUAGUCAGAUAGUUGCGUAUAGAUCUUCUAGCGGUCUUCAGAGAAGAUGGAGUUCUGAUUCAGUCGGAGAGUCUAAAUCUCAACUCACUGAAGAAUUUGAGCAUCGGUUUGGGAUGAUGGAAACUUCAUUGAGCAAGUUUGGGAUGAUGUUGGAUUCAAUUCAGAGUGACAUCAUCCAAGUCAACAGAGGAACUAAAGAAGUAUUUCUUGAAACUGAACGCAUACAGCAAAAGUUGACUCUCCGAGACACUUCACUUCAGCAGCUGAUAAAGGAACAAGCAAAUUUUAAAGCUACUCUUGAUGGAGGUGUUAAAUCGAUAUUGGAGGAACUAAGAAAAAAUCCCAAUGAAGAGAAGCUACAAAAUAUAAGUCUGAUGCUAACAGCUAUCCCGGAACAAGUAGAAUCCGCUCUGCAGAAAGUGCAAAGGGAAAUGUGCCACACGUUCACCAGAGAGUUGCAGGCUUUGGAUAGCUUGGAGAUGGCUGAGGUAGUAGCUCAGGCUCCAGCAGCACUACAAGUGAAGGCUAAGGAAAACCUGUCUGAACAUCAGGGUCCAGCAGCCAAGGUUUUGACUAGCUUGAAGAAGCCUCAGCCAAUAGAUCGUCUUCCAAGAGCGUCAUCACAAGUGAAGUCAAAGGAAAACUUUCCUGAGCAACGUGGAGCAGAAGCCAAGUCAAAGGAAAAAAACUUUCCUGAGCAGCGUGGAGCAGAAGCCAAGAGAAAUGCCGUUUCUAAUGUUACACUGAAAAGGAAACAACCACAGCUUGCAUCAUCCAGAACUGUAAAGACAUCUUCAUCCCCAAAGAUACAAGUGGGAGGCUGGAAGACGGUGAAACCAGAACAAAGCGCAUUCAAGAAGAGCGCAGCAAGAAAGCAAGUAAAACCAGAAGACACUCGUACACAGUUUGAACAGGGUAGUAUUGUCAUAGAUUCAGAUGACGAUAUAGAUGGAGGCUUUUCAUGUAUGCUGAACGGGGACGCCAAAGGAGCUAAGUUUGAUUGGGACGCAGAGAAGGAAACAGAGAAACUUCUGAGGAAGGCAAGGAGAACAAAGAGGAAGUUUGGUAACCCCAUCAUAAUUAACUGAAAUCAAACGUAAGUAAGAGAAGUACGGGCUACGCUCUGUUGUUCUACAUUUCGCAUGUGAUUUGUCAGUGACUUUUCUAAAUACAAUUAUAUAUAUAGUGGGUUAUAUAUUUAUACUACUUGAGGAAAGUUAUGACAAUUGGAUGACUUUAACAUUUACUAGUUGAGGAAAGUUAUGACAAUUGGAUGA